GAGAGAGAGGGAGAGACAGGCAGACAGAGAGAGCGAGAGCGAGAGAGAGAGAGAGGGAGCGAGACUGCUACAAGCUUGGUGUUUCGAUCCUUAAUCUCCUUUUGCGGUCCUCUCUGCCUUCCUUUCUCUCUCUAUGAAGGUAAUACGAUUCCCUACAAUUUACAAUUUCACUGCAGUGAAUCUAAUGAAUUCCCUUAAUGUAUGUAGGUCAUUCGCAGCCUAAAAGCCGCUUUUCCUGUUCAGAACAAUUUCGGAGGUGUAAAUACAUUCAUCUGGACUGUGAAAUCUGGAUUUUUAGAGCAAGACUUUUCCCCAGAUUUUCUUUGCGGUAGAUUUUUCCAUCAUCCCUUGAAGUCCGGACUACUGAAAACGACCCAGAUGGUGCAGAUAGGGGGAAGGCUGAUCAAUACAACGGAAAUCAAUUCUGGAAAACAGUAGCACCAGCAAAAAAAAAGAAAAAAGAAAAAACACAACAAAAAAAACCAACGUUAACUGUCGUCCUGUUGCCUAGAGACCGAGUCCUCAAAUAAGCCAAGCCCCGCCUCCUGGGAUGGGGAAUGCUGUGAGGGCCAAUCUGAUCAGGGGCCGUUCCAUCUGCCAGUCUGGUGUAGCAGCCUGAAGCGAAGGGCUGACUGGGCUGUGGAAGUACUGGACCGUACAGCACCGGACCUUACCGGACCGUACUGCAACCCCUCCAGCAGUGGACCAUGUCGAGGCCCGGAGGAUCCGCAUGGCUACCGCUCAUCUUCACCCCUCUCUGCACCAUGCUGAAUGCCAACCUGGUUUUCUGGGUUGCCACCUUGGCUGUGCGGUUGACCGCGGUCACUGUCAGCGGUCAGCAGCCGCAGUAUUCUCUCGUCACCACAAACUAUGGAAAGCUUCGGGGAUUAAAAACGCCGCUGCCUAACGAGAUCCUGGGACCCGUGGAGCAGUACCUGGGGAUCCCUUACGCCGCUCCACCCACGGGCACGCGGAGGUUCCAGGCUCCAGAGCCCCCCUCCUCAUGGCCCGGCAUCCGGAACGCCACCCAGUUUGCAUCAGUCUGUCCCCAGUACCUGGAGGACAGGUACCUGCUGAAUGACAUGCUGCCUGUCUGGUUUACUGCCAAUUUGGAUACAGUGGUUACGUACGUGCAGGACCAGAAUGAAGACUGCCUUUACUUAAACAUCUACGUUCCCACGGAGGAUGAUAUUCAUGAUGAGAAUGGCUUGAAGCCAGUCAUGGUGUACAUUCAUGGUGGAUCCUACAUGGAGGGAACGGGAAAUAUGAUUGACGGGAGCAUCCUCGCAAGCUAUGGCAACGUCAUUGUGAUCACCAUCAACUAUAGAUUAGGAGUUUUGGGAUUUCUAAGCACAGGUGACCAGGCUGCUAAAGGAAACUAUGGGCUGCUUGACCAGAUCCAAGCAUUGCGAUGGAUCAAGGAAAACAUCCAGGCAUUCAAAGGAGAUCCGAAGAGGGUCACCAUAUUCGGGUCUGGGGCUGGAGCCUCCUGUGUUAGCCUGCUGACCCUAUCCCACUAUUCAGAAGAUCUUUUCCAGAAAGCCAUUAUCCAAAGUGGGACAGCACUGUCCAGCUGGGCAGUUAACUACCAGCCAGCCAAAUACACACGAAUGCUGGCUGAGAAGGUUGGCUGCAACAUGCUGGACACCAUUGACUUGGUGGAGUGCCUCCAGAACAAGAACUACAAGGAGCUCAUCGAGCAGAACAUCACUCCUGCAAAGUACCACAUUGCUUUCGGGCCCGUCAUCGAUGGGGACGUAAUACCAGAUGACCCGCAGAUCCUGAUGGAGCAGGGGGAGUUCCUGAACUAUGACAUCAUGCUAGGCGUCAAUCAAGGGGAGGGAUUUAAAUUUGUGGAUGGCAUUGUGGACAGUGAGGAUGGCGUGUCUGCCAACGAUUUCGAUUUUGCCGUGUCCGACUUUGUUGAUCACCUCUACGGGUACCCGGAGGGGAAAGACACCCUCCGAGAGACUAUUAAGUUCAUGUACACGGACUGGGCUGACAAGGAAAACCCAGAAACCCGUAGAAAGACUUUGGUGGCGCUUUUCACCGACCACCAGUGGGUGGCACCAGCCGUGGCUACAGCAGAUCUCCAUGCUCAGUACGGCUCACCAACUUACUUUUACGCCUUCUACCAUCACUGCCAAAGUGACAUGAAGCCCAGCUGGGCAGACUCAGCCCAUGGAGAUGAGGUUCCCUACGUGUUCGGGAUCCCCAUGAUCGGUCCCACAGACCUCUUCAAUUGCAACUUCUCCAAGAACGACGUCAUGCUGAGCGCUGUCGUCAUGACCUACUGGACCAACUUUGCCAAAACUGGAGACCCAAAUCAGCCAGUCCCCCAAGAUACAAAAUUCAUCCAUACGAAACCGAACCGCUUUGAGGAGGUGGCCUGGUCCAAGUACAACCCCAAGGACCAGCUGUACCUGCACAUUGGUCUGAAGCCCAGGGUCAGGGACCAUUACCGGGCCACCAAGGUUGCUUUCUGGCUGGAGCUGGUCCCACACCUGCACAAUAUAAAUGAACUCUUCCAGUACGUAUCAACGACAACCAAGAUCCCUCCGCAGGACACCACACCCUUCCCUUACACCAAGCGUUUCCCAGGGAAGAACUGGCCCUCCACCACCCGGCACCCCAUCGUCCCCCCGGGCAACACCAAGCAGGUGACGGACCAGCACAAGACAGGCGACCCCGACGAGACGGCCGUAAUCAUUGAGAACAAGCGGGACUAUUCCACCGAGCUCAGCGUCACCAUCGCUGUGGGGGCCUCCCUCCUCUUCCUCAACAUCCUGGCCUUCGCCGCUCUGUACUACAAGAAGGACAAGCGCAGGCACGAGUCCAACCGCCGGCCCAGCCCACAGAGGAACGCCAACACCAACGACAUCGCCCACAUCCAGAACGAGGAGAUCAUGUCCCUGCAGAUGAAACAGCUGGAGCACGACCACGAGUGCGAGUCGCUGCAGGCACACGACACUCUCCGCCUCACCUGCCCACCCGACUACACCCUCACUCUCCGCCGCUCCCCCGACGACAUCCCACUCAUGACCCCCAACACCAUCACUAUGAUCCCCAACUCGCUGGCCGCCAUGCAGCCAAUGCACACCUUCAACACCUUCAGCAGCACACAGAACAGUACUAACCUCCCCCACGGACACUCCACCACACGGGUAUAGCUCUGCCCCCCCCCAACACAAUCAGCCAGCCUCCACCCGGGAAGGGCAGGGGCAGGGUGACGGGCCUGCUGGGGUGGGGUAGGUGGGCGGAGGGGAAUUUCAAUCACAACUCUAUUUAGGCAAAUAAAAAAUAAAAACAAUAAAGAAAAUAUAUAUUGAGUUAACUUUACCCCUAAUGAGACUGAUCACAGAAGAUACUAUUUUGUUACUGAGCCUUCUUGAAAUAUAUAUUGGAGCUGAACUCAACUUAACUGUGAAAUGUGAAAAGUGAAUGUCACUAUAGUAAUACAGCAUUCAGACAAAAAAACUUCUGGAAGGAUCAAAUUAAGUUCCAUGAAAAAACAAACUGAACAUUUUUUUCCACUUUCAAAACACUGGUACAGUAUAGAAGACAAAAGCAUAAAGUAUAUUUCUGUGUGUAGCAAGUGAUAAGGUAACAAAAAGCUAUGUAUGUGCCAUACAUUGUAUGCCAAGAACAACCACAAGGAUUCUGUUGUACAUGAAAAGCUUUUCUAAAUGAAAGACAAACAGUUUGAAUUGCAGGGACUAUGCAGUUGACAUGAUGGAGAAUCUGGAGAUAAAAGCAAAGUCAGUUUUUUUUUUCCCAGCCUGAAUUGUAUUUAUGAAACUUUGUAAAAACGGAAAACUAUGUAAAUAGUUGUGAGUAAAACAUACUAAAACAGAACAAACGAAAAAGCUUUUAUUGUUGUUUUGAGUUUAAAUGACUUUUAUGAGGCUCGUGCUUUCGGUUGUGUGUAAAUAUGUUGGUCAUAUCAUUUUUACAAAAAAGAAGUUGAAUCCAUAUUCAUUUUCAAUAGAAAAAGAAAAAGACUUUGUUUGAAAGCAUAUAUCUUAGAUUAUCUUAGUGCAUCAUGACCUUCAUUUCUGCCAACACUUGCAUGUUUGAGUAUUUCUUUACAACUGCAUUGAAAGUGUACUGUCUUAAUUGGAGGUUGAUCAAUGGUCACCUGAAUGGUGGGACAGCACAUCAAAUACAGGAGCAGCCACAUGAUUCCUGGUGCCACAAAAUUAUAUAUAUAUAUAUAUAUAUAUAUAUAUAUAUAAUUUGCAUAUGUAUGUUAUGUGGUAAUCAAUUAACCCCAUAUAUAAAAACUUGUUUUCAUGCUUCUCCAUACUUUGCUGCUUAGUAUGGUUUUAUUAUAGACAUUAUUAUUAUUUUAUUUUUUAAAUAAUUUUUCUUUUAGCAACCUACACACUGCCUCAGCUUCAAAAGUGACCAGCAUUGCAUAAUUUAGAACAAGGCAGUGGGCAUUGAUGCUUUAAUUAACAUUAGUUGAAUAUGUUUGUAAAGAAAUAUUUGUUAGAUAUUUCAAAUUGUCAUUUGCUAGCAAUAUGUAAGUAUUGUACCAGGCUUGUGAUACUUUGGGUUAAAAAGCAAGUGAAUGAGAUUAUAAUAGUCAUGACAAUGAUGGUGAGGAUGGUGAUGAUGGCAAUUAAAAUCAUAAUAGUACUAAAAAUAACCAUUAACCCAAUCAUUUUAUUUAUUUUUGUUUUAUUUUUGUUUGUUGUUUUCUGUAAGUAUGCAUCCUUUUUUAAAAGAAGGGAAAUGACAGAAAGUAAAAAAGAAAAGAAAAUCACCAUGGAUGAUUACAGUGUUACUUUUGUAAAUUUAAACACAGGAGGUACGCAUCCUGGCCUGUGAUUCUUCAGCUGUCGAGGCACGCAGGGUUUCAACGUAGGAUAUUAAAUUGUAUUGUUUGUCUCAUUUUGUUUGCAGUUUUUGCCUUAAGUGAUAGACAAUAUUUCUGGCUGUACACCUGUAUAAAUUUUUUCUGCUGCAUUUUUAAUAAAAUAUCACAAUAUUUUCUAACA